GGGAAGAAUCGGAGAAGAGAGAAGAAGAAAUUCAGAACAAGGCGCUAUGACGGUGCCGACGAUCGCUCUCUUCGCGACCUGUUCCGCGCCUCACCAGAUCAUUUCUCACGCUUCACACGAAUUCGACGUGUACGGCCGAUCAACGUCGUCGGCGGCUGCGUCGCCGUCUCAGAGAUCGGUAUCCUGCCUGAUUUCGACGAAGCCGAUCAAGUCGGCCAGUUAUUCGACCGGGGGCGAGGAAUUGGGGUCGCUGUGGCAUGACAGAAGCGUGCCUAUGAGAAUGAGUGUGGAAUUCAAUUCAAUUAGGUUAGGAAGUGGUUAUAUGUUAAAUGGAUUCGUCACGCAUGCGUUGGGUGCGUGUGUGGUUUACGAUUCGACUAUGUUGCCUACAGAUGAUCUCACCUUCAAUAGUUUUGUGGAAUCGGGUUACGCAAAAGACUUACUCUGUGAAGCGCAGUCGAGGCAUUCAAUUUUCAGCGACGAUUUCGUGAUCAAGGCUUUCAACGAAGCAGAGAAGGCUCACAGAGGCCAGAAGCGAGCUAGUGGGCAUCCUUAUUUGCAGCAUUGUGUGGAGACGGCGAUGCUCCUGGCAAACAUUGGCGCUAAUUCUACAAUUGUUGCUGCAGGGCUUUUGCACGAUUCUGUUGACGAUUCUUUUUUAACUCUUGACCAUAUUUCAGCGUCACUCGGAACUGGAGUCGCUGAUUUAGUUGAAGGGGUGUCAAAGCUGAGCCAAAUUAGCAAGCUUGCAAGGGACAAUAAAACUGCCGACAAGACUGUUGAGGCGGAUCGACUGCAUACCAUGUUCCUUGCAAUGGCAGAUGCUAGGGCUGUUCUGAUAAAGCUAGCUGAUAGGUUGCAUAAUAUGACGACUCUGGAGGCAUUGCCUCAGAUCAAACAACAAAGAUUUGCUAAGGAAACGUCUGAAAUAUUCGUGCCUCUAGCCAAUAGAUUAGGGGCCUCCUCCUGGAAAGAGCAGCUUGAAAAUCUAUGUUUCAGACAUCUAAACCAUGAUCAAUAUCAGGAGUUGUCAUCGAAGCUUGUGAAGUUCUUUGAUGAGGCUGUGAUUACUUCUUCUGUAGAUAAGCUGGAGCAAGCUCUCAAAAAAGGAGCAGUUUCUUACUAUUCUCUGUCAGGCAGGCAUAAAAGCCUGUUCGGCAUCUAUUCCAAAAUGUCAAAAAAGAAGGUAAAUAUGGAGGAAGUUCAUGAUAUCCAUGGUUUAAGAUUGAUAGUUGAAACAAGAGAAGACUGUUAUAAAGCUCUAAAAAUUGUCCAUCAUCUGUGGCAUGAAGUCCCAGGGCGAUUCAAGGACUACAUUGUUUAUCCCAAGUGCAAUGGAUACCAAUCGCUACAUACAAUAGUAAUUUGUGACAGUAUGGUUCCUCUCGAAGUUCAGAUCCGAACAAAAAGAAUGCAUCUUCAAGCUGAGUAUGGGUUUGCUGCCCACUGGAGAUACAAAGAAGGAGAGUGCAAACACUCUUCCUUUGUUCUUCAGAUGGUGGAAUGGGCGCGUUGGGUUAUUUCGUGGCAGUGUGAGGCAAUGAGCAAAGAUAGGUUGUUAGUUGGAUUCUUUGACUCCACGAAACCACCUUGUACGUUCCCUACCCAUUCCCAAGAUUGCGAGCUUUCUUGCAAACCUCAAUGUGGCCCCAAUGGACCUGUUUUUGUUAUCAUGAUUAUAAAUGAUAAGAUGUCUGUACAGGAGUUACCUGCAAACUCAUCAGUGAUGGAUCUGUUGGCGAAAGUCGGGCGAGGCAGUUGUAGAUGGUCCUUGUACCAGUUCUCUGUGAAAGAGGAGUUGAGGGCGAGGGUAAACCAUGAAGCUGUGAGUGAUCCAAGCUGCAAGUUGAAGAUGGGGGAUGUGGUUGAGCUCACUCCGGCCAUACCAGAUAAAUCGCUGCCUGUCUACCGGGAAGAAAUCCAGCGAAUGUACGAUACAACCUCUUACCAUAUCAAGUGCAACGCGUAGGCAAGCUGAUCUCGAUCGAAUUCAUUUAUUUGUUGUAUACCCAUUAUAUCACAGAAAUAUGAUGUUCUUGUAAAUACAACUUAUAUUUAACCAAAAAAUGUGGAAAAAAAGUAGCUAUUGUAAUGUGA